AAAUGGAAUCUCACCUUCUAAUUCCUCAAAUCACAACUGAGAUAAAACAAUAGAGUUGUAAGGUUUGUGUUAUUGAAAAGUUGAACACAAGAGAGUCAAAGACCAAACCUGGAAACUUGUACAAACCUAUAACAUUUCAAGAUGAAGCGGUUACUCCUUUUAUCAUUCUCAAUUUUCACCAUAAUUCUAUUAUGCAUAUAUGUGGAUUCUAAAUAUUUGUUAUAUUUUUUAAUAAUUAUUGACAUCUAUUUUGAAAUAUAAUUAUAGGGCAACAAAGUUCAAGGAAUGACUUAUCAGAAUGAUAUUGAACUGCUUGAUGAAAGGCUCAAAUGAGAGAUAUAGGUUUGUUUGGUCAAUUAAUAGGAAAACUCUUAUACAAGAUGUUAAUGAUGAUCAACAAUUGGAUUUGCAACCUUCUUCUGACAUGGAUACAAAACCAUUUGGACAAUUAUAUGCCUACAAAUCUAAAAGACAAGCAAUUAAUGUCAUUGGAGUUGUGAUUUCUAAACUACCUAGAGAAUUUAUUGUCACCAACAAGAUAGGACAACAAAAAGCUAAUGAUUUUGUGAUCGUUGAUGAAGAGCUUAAACCUAUUAUUUUCACAAUGUGGGGAAAUUUUACGGUUUAUCAAGGCGUUGAAAUUGACAAAGAACUCCAAUCUGGAGAUUAUCCGGUUGUUUAUCAAGGCGUUGAAAUUGACAAAGAACUCCAAUCUGGAAAUUGA